AUGAAGGUCCAAGCCGCCUUGCUCGCCGCCGUGACGGCUGGUGUCGUUGUAAGCCAAACCAACGACACGGGGCCUCCUUCAGAGGUGCCUUACUAUGGCCUCAGCCCACCGGUCUAUCCAUCUCCCGUCGGAGGUGGAAAGACCAGCCCACGAUGGUCCACCGCCUAUAAACGGGCAAGAGCUCUCGUGGCGCAGAUGACCCUCGAGGAGAAGGCAAACAUCACACGCGGCUUCACUGGCGCGUGUGUGGGCAACACCGGCAGUGUGGCCCGUCUCGACAUCCCGGCGCUCUGCUUCGCAGACGCCCCAGACGGCAUCCGUGGCCAGGAAUUUGUCUCUGCCUUCCCGGCGGGUAUCCACGUCGCUGCAACGUUUGACAAGGACCUGAUGGAAAAGUACGGCCGCGCCCUGGGAGAGCAGUACUACGCCAAGGGCAUUAAUGUCGCCCUCGGCCCCGUCGCUGGGCCCCUGGGCCGCAUGGUCCGCGGUGGACGGAACUGGGAAGGCCUGUCGAAUGACCCCUAUCUGGCCGGCAUUGGAAUGGGCGCUAUCACCAAGGGUAUCCAAGAUGCCGGCGUUAUUGCCACACCGAAGCAUUGGCUGUUCAACGAGCAGGAGCACCGACGUAUAGCGGGCCCGGAGGGUGCUGCCAUCAGUGCCGACGUCGACGACAGGACGCUCCACGAGCUAUAUGCUUUCCCUUUCAUGGACUCCCUUCGUGAGGGAGCUGGGGCCCUAAUGUGUGGAUACAACCGCGCGAACCAGAGUUACGUAUGCCAAAACUCGAAGCUGCUUAACGGGGUCCUCAAGACAGAGCUCGGGUUCGAGGGCUUCGUCGUGAGUGACUGGGAUGCGCACGAGUCCGGCGUGGCCAGCGCCAACGCGGGACUUGACAUCGUGAUGCCCGACGGCGGGUACUGGGGCAAAAACCUCACCCAGGCCGUCAACAACGGCUCUGUCAGCACCGCUCGUCUCGACGACAUGGUCACCCGCACGCUGGCCAGCUUCUACUACCUCCGCCAGGAGAACACAUUCCCCAACCCCUCGGUCUAUUCCAGCACGCAGAAGCACUUUGCCGUCAACGCACAGGCAUGGGAUCACAAUGAGCUUAUCCACGAGAUCGGAGCCGCGGGGACAGUGCUGGUCAAGAACGUCAACGGCACGCUGCCCUUCAAGAGCCCCAAGUUCCUCAACAUCUACGGCUACGAUGCCACCGUCAAGGCCCAGGCGUGGGAGAACCCGUCGCGGUUCGGAGGAGGCUACGAGGUCAACUUCGGAUGGGAGACGUUUAACGGAACAUUAAUUACAGGUGGCGGGUCUGGCAGCAGCACGCCUUCGUACGUCUACGACCCAUUCAUGGCCAUCUCAGAGCGCAUCCGCAAGGACCGAGGCACCCUGCGGUGGGACUUGUGGUCUGAGAGCCCAACGCCGGCAUACUACAAUGCCGAGCACUGCCUGGUCUUCAUCAACGCUUAUGCCUCCGAGGCCUUCGACAGGACAACGCUCAAGGAUGACUUCAGCGACAAUCUCGUGAAGAACACUGCUGCGAACUGCAGCAGCACCAUCGUCGUCCUUCAUUCCACUGGCGUCCGCGUGGUGGAUGAGUGGAUUGACCACCCGAACGUCACUGCUGUCAUCUUUGCUGGCCUGCCUGGCCAAGAGACAGGCCGCUCGUUGGUGUCCGUUCUCUACGGAGACAUCAACCCCAGCGGCCGCUUGCCUUACACUGUCGCCAAGAACGAGUCUGACUAUGGUGACCUCCUGAACUCGACCGUGGUCGACGAGUACUUCCCUGCCACCAACUUCAGCGAGGGCCUGUUCAUCGACUACCGCAAGUUCGACAAGGAGGAGAUCGAGCCACAAUUCGAAUUCGGCUUUGGGCUGAGUUACACCACGUUCGACUACAGCGAUCUGACGACCUCGCUCGUUGGAAAAGCCUCGAACGAGAGCUUUGCCGAGUACCCCGACCCGGAGAUUGCUAUCGUCCAGGGCGGGCACCCCGAGCUGUGGGACAAUAUUGCUGUGGUCAGGGCCACCGUCGAGAACUCGGGCGACUUGGACGGCGCCGAUAUUGCGCAGCUGUACAUCAGCAUCCCCGCGGAGGGCACGCCGGCCAGGCAGCUGCGAGGCUUCAAGCGGGUCGGUCCCCUGGCGCCGAGCGAGAGCAGGCGGGCCGUCUUUGAGCUGACGAGGAGGGACCUGAGUGUCUGGGACGUGGAGAAGCAGCAGUGGAGGCUGGUGAGGGGAGAAUAUGGCGUCCACGUUGGCAGGAGCUCUCGGGACCUGCCACUGACGGGGUCAUUCACGAUUGAGUAA